UACUUCCAACAUUCUUACUGAAGUCUUUUAUUUUCUUCAUUAUGAUUUCAGAUGUCGAAUACACAUACAGACGUUCUUCUUGUAAGUUUUGAUAUUUCAUAAAGUUUUGCAAUAGUGAUAGUGAAAGCAGACAAGUGUUUGCGCCCUGAAAAUUACCCCUCAAUGAGCUUCAGUUCCGCUCCCGGUGAGCCAGAAACAGAUGGUUAGAUACAGACUUUCACUAUCAAGGACGAAGCAGGUAGAAAAGCAUUUUCAAGUGUCAAUUUCCAGCUACUAGGCUGUACUGCGUAGGACUUUCUAUUCUAUAGAAGUUCUAUGGUUUGAGAUGUACAAUUUAUUUACUUAAAACCAUCACGUUUCUAACAGGCCAUCAAGGCGGGAGCGAGUGCAGCAGUAGCUGUCGACCUUCUAGUAUACCCAUUGGACACCCUUAAAACUCGAUUUCAAAGUCCAGAUUACAAAAAGAUCUACUAUGAUGCAUCCAAAAAAGCAAUCAAUCGAGGUGUACUAUUUCGAGGAUUAUAUCAAGGAGUGGGACCUGUGAUUUUAGUAACAAUACCAUCAUGUAUGACCCCUUGACCUGAAAACCUACCUCAAAUUGACAUCCCGUAGCAGGAGCAUUUUUCACCACAUAUGAAGGAAUAAAAACUGUUCUUACCAAAGCAAAUACAAGCUUGAGUGGGAAUAAUACUCCAUUGAUACCACAGCCUUUUGUUCACAGUGCAGCUUCAGCAGUAGCAGAACUCGUAUCAUGUUUUAUUCUCACACCUGCUGAGGUAUUGAAGCAGAAUGCACAGAUGAUACGUCAACCAGCACACUCAUCAGCGUCUGGAGCUUCUGUCACAAUGCAAGCUUUGAAGCAAUUCAAAAGACCUUCCCAGUUAUUCACAGGAUAUACUGCGUUAGCUGCUCGAAACCUACCGUUUACUGCAAUGCAAUUUCCUAUGUUUGAGCAUAUGAAAGAGUCGCUUAAGAGCUAUAGAAGGGAAAAUGGAACUAUGACUGGUUCACUACUCGAAACAGCAACCAUCACAGCGGCGAGUGCUGGAACCGCCGGGUCUAUUGCAGCUGUAAUUACAACUCCAGUGGAUGUUGUGAAGACUAGGAUUAUGCUCGCAGCAUCAGGAGAAAACUCCGAAAGUGAAGCCAAAAGAAAGAUAGAGGAAGCCAAAAAGAAGGGCCAACCCCUGGACACGCUUGGUGGAAAGAAAAAAGGCAGUCUUACGAUUGCUCGAGAAGUGGUAGCGGAGGCUGGGAUAAAAGGUUUGUUUCGUGGUGCAUUGUUAAGAGCUGGCUGGACGGCACUGGGCAGUGGCCUUUACCUAGGGGUUUACGAAAGUGGGAGGGUCUGGCUUGGAGAUCGACGAGGGGCUAAAGAUAAAGACGAGUAAAUCCGGGGAAAUGGAUGGUCCCACUGCGUCUAAAAUGCCACGAGCGUUCCCGCUAAAGCCACUGCGUGUAUGUACGUUAGAAAGCAAUGAGACGAAAGUCU